GUCAACAGUAAUUUGACGGAAAUUCAUGAGUCUGGCCAAAGUAGAUUAUAUGGUGUAUAAUUGAGGUCAUGAUAACAUUUUCUAAAACUACGAGAUAAAUUUGAUUAUUUGGAUAUAAUUUGGUCAAGAAUAAGGUAUUACCCAGUGUUAUUAAAGCCAGACCGGACCGGUCGGUCCGAUCGGUGAAACCGUCACCCGGCCACCAAUUUGGUCCGGUCAGGCUAUUUAGCCGCCCCGGCUGGUACACCUUAUUUUCAAGUGAACCGACCGGUUCAAUCGCCGAACCGCUUCAUCGGUUUUACCGGUCAGAAUCUUGGUGACAAAAAUAUACAACCAGUUGGAGAGGGCUGGGAUCAAACCCAGCACCUCUUGGUGCAAUGUUAAAUGUUGAUCCAAUUGUGCUACUACCAAUUUGUGUAAUAGGAGAUACAAGUCUCAUUAUUAAACACUUUCGUAGUGUUUAGUUUUGAAACUAAUCAUUAAAUAAUGUUCAUAAUUAUUAAAAAUCACUCGUAUUAUAAUUAAAUAAUUUAUAUUUCUGUACAAUAAUAUUCUUUACUUGUUAUAUAUAAUUUUUUGUUUGAAUACAUUAGAAUAAAUAUAUAAUUAUAAUACCAUUAAUGGUUUCUAUUUAUAAUAAUUCUAUUUCUUAGACACCGGUUCGAUAACGGGUUUAUAACGACUUGAUAGCGGUUAAACCAAUAAAGUGCGAGCCGCUUAUAAUACCGGUUCAUAUAGCGGUUCGGUUCUGAUAACAUUGGUAUUACCCCAAUAAUUUAUUAAUGCCGAUUAUUUGGUAAAUUUGCCUACAAAAGGGUAUAGCCGUUAGCCGACAAAGAAGUAAAUGGCAAUGCCGUAAAACUCACAAAAGGUUGGGUCAAAACUGUCCACUCAUUCACAUGGCAGAAGUACAAAGGGGAAAAAAGGUUUCAGGCCACUAGUGAAAUACAAAUUUCAAAUGAGUGGCCGUUUGAACUCCAAUAACUUCCAAAAAGAUACAAAUCCAGAAAGAGAGGAGAGGUGCCCAGCUUCCCAACUUCGAAACCCAUUUCCCUCUCUCUCUGUCUUCUUCUUCUUCUUCCUCCGCUUCUCUUCACCGAAAGAAAGACAUUCGAUUGACAUAAUGACGGGGCUUGUGAUGGUGACUAAGGGCGGCGGUUGCGGUGGCGGCGUGGGAGGUAGCGGUUGUAAGGGUUCGGCGAGGGGCAGUAAUAAGGCCAGCAGCGAAGAAGAGCAGAACCAGCAGCUAUCGACGGUAGCGGUUCUUUUAUCCGCUUUGAGGAAAUCCCUGGCUUCCUCGUGCCGGAUUGAAGAUGGGGAAGAUCUGAUGUCGUCGUCGUCGUCUUCCUCCGCCGCCGUUCGCCACAUGGACAUCGGCUGGCCGACGAACGUCCAGCACAUUACCCACGUUACCUUCGAUCGAUUCAACGGGUUUUUGGGUCUUCCCAUGGAGUUCGAAGUGGAGAUUCCUUCCAAAGUCCCCAGCGCCAGUGUUAGUGUUUUUGGUGUCUCGGCAGAGUCAAUGCAAUGCUGUUAUGACUCCAAAGGAAAUAGCGUACCAACAAUUCUUCUACUAAUGCAGCAGAGAUUGUACAAACAGGAUGGUCUAAAGGCUGAAGGAAUUUUCCGCAUAAACCCAGAGAACGGUAAGGAGGAACAUGUAAGAGACCAGCUGAACAGGGGAAUUGUCCCCGAUGACAUUGAUGUGCAUUGUUUAGCUGGGCUCAUAAAAGCCUGGUUCAGGGAACUUCCUUCUGGGGUGCUUGAUGGGCUAUCCCCCGAGCAGGUUCUUCAAUGCAACACGGAAGAAGACUCCGUUGAACUGGUUACGCAAUUGAAGCCAACUGAAGCUGCACUCCUCGAUUGGGCCGUCGAUCUCAUGACUGAUGUUGUUCAAGAAGAAGAACACAACAAGAUGAAUGCUAGAAAUAUUGCAAUGGUCUUUGCUCCAAACAUGACCCAGAUGUCUGAUCCAUUGACAGCACUAAUGCAUGCUGUACAAGUUAUGAACUUACUGAAAACCCUAAUCACUAAGAAUCUGAGAGAGCGUGAAGAGGCAGGCAGUGGAGGAUGUUCACCCAUGUCUUCUCAAUCAUAUGGUCAGCAUACUAAUGAAGGUUGUGACAGCCAGCAAGACACUGACAUCAGCAGUGAACCAAGGCAGGGAUCAGAUUAUGAAGAUGAUGUUGAUGACGACGAUGAAGAUGAUGGACACUACAGCCAUGACAGUGAAAACAGUGAUGACCGCGAGGUUGAGUCCUUGAGUAAGAUAGAAGAACUCUUUUUGAAUGCACUGGACGAGGACAUGGUUGCUACCGACAUGUUGCAAGAGCAGCCAUCUGAUGAUGAAUUUUCAAGGAAAAGCUUCAGCAAGAGAAGCUGUUCAAGUCUUAACAUGGAAUCUGGAUUAACAUUUACUGAUGCCAAAAAUGAUGAUGAUUCUGCUUCAGGUUCAAGUGAUGGUGAAAACUCGAAGGCAAGUUUGAAUGCUAUUGUAGAUGAGAGAAGCCUGUCGAGAGGACGCGAAUCUUGUGAUGAUGUCAAGAUGGAGGAGAAAGUGGGUCAGUUGAUUAUGCCCGUGAUAUAGUAUGUUCAAAUGCUGAGGGCAGAUUACCGGUUAGUGUGAACCUGUGUGACUGCAUCUGUAUAUUAGGACUGCAUUAACUUUCGCUUGAACUGCGUAGGAGCUUUUCCCUAUUUGUUAAGGUUGUGCUUAGGAAGUCAAUUGUUCAGCUUUGGGCUGAACUUGUACUUAGUUUGCAUGUUUGUUCAGCUCAGAGCUGUCUCACUGCUCAGCAAUGAGUUGCCAUGAUCUCUGACCUGAAAGAUUUUUAAGACUGGAAGGACUUCAAUGUUUCCAAGUCUAAGUCCACGUCCUUGUCACAAGCAGAUACUGGAAUGUCUGUGCUGCCGAAUUAAUAUGUUCUUUUUUAUCUGGAGGUACUGCAACAAUGUUAAGCCAGCAAACCACUAAAGAUUAUUAACUCCAGUAGGUUUUGGCUGUAUCGACCAGGUUAUUGACUCUUUGAUACUUGAAGUCCACCUCAAAGAAUUGAAUCAGAAGAUUUUAAAUCGCAGGAUUGUUCAAAAAAUUAGUCUAAAAAAACAUCACUAUUCACUGACAGGGUUAGAAGUGAGUUGUAUCUCUUGUGGGUCAUCUUGGAAGAUUUUAAUGUCAUCACUGUUUCUAGAGAAGCUUCUAACAAUCCAUAUUUCACUAGUUCUAUGGUCGAGCUCAAGGAUUAGUCGAUUGAGUUGGAGGUUGAGGAACAAACUACUUCUGAACCCUGGUUUACAUAGCUAAAUAAGCAAUAUGGUAAUCC